UGCAUUUCCAUCUAUCCUUUAUCAACCUCUGUGCCUUUUUCCUUCUCCCGCCUUUGUCUUUCCUCCAUCCUUUUUUUUUCAUCCUGUCCCCCUCCCAACACAAGCUCUCCAUCCUCCUCCGCCACCCACCCACCCCCACAUCCUGCCUCAUCUGCAUCCUCCUCUCCCACUUUUCUCCGCCCUCGCGCCCAAGCCUCCGCCCAUUAGCCCCCGCCCCCAGCUGCCAGUCCCCAGCAGCUCAGUCCUGCAGUGAGUCCAUAGCAAAGCACCAAGAGGUGAGCACUGCUGGCUGUGCCUACUAGUAAGUCUCCGAAUGGCCCAGGAGAAAAUGGAGCUGGAUUUUGAGGCUGACACAUCCGAUGGGGGCACCCUGAGACGGUCCAACAGUGCUCCCCUGAUCCAUGUGCUCAGUGACCUUUCACAGGUUUUUGAGCCGUAUCCACUUAGAACUCGGAGGAACAGUGCGACAAUUAUGAGCCAUCAUAGCUUGGAAGAAGGCCUGGACAUGAUGAACAGAGGAGCGUCCCAUGAGAGGGAAGUCCAAGGAGGAAUGCAGAUAAGCCAGUCAUGGGAUGAGAGCCUGAGCCUGAGUGAUAGUGAUUUUGACAAGCCAGAGAAAUUAUAUUCUCCAAAGAGAAUUGACUUUACUCCAGUUUCUCCGGCACCUUCCCCAACCAGAGGAUUUGAAAAGCAGUGCCUUUCACCAUCCUCGCAAAUGUUUAUGAGUAGCAGUGACAUGCCAUCAAGUCCUCUUCUGAAUCCAAGACACUUUUCAGUGAGUCGUCAGAGUCCAGGCAAGUGCAUUAAGCCCAGUGUUCUUGGUCCUCUUAAGAGAAAAGGGGAGAUGGAGACAGAAAGCCAGCCCAAGAGAAUCUUCCAAGGCACCACCAGCAUGCUGUCUGCAGAUGCACCGCAACUGUCUGAUCUCAGUUCAUGUUCAGAUAUUUUGGAUGGCAGUAGUAUCAGCAGUGGCUUGUCCUCAGACUCACUGGCUACAGGCAGCGCUCCCGCAGAGUCUCCAGUAGCAUGCUCCAAUUCAUGCUCUUCGUUCAUCUUGAUGGAUGAUCUCUCACCCAAGUGACUUAACCAUUUCUGAUUCAGUGUUUUAACUAUUUCCCACAUAAAACAUUCAGUGAGGAAUGCAGAGAACUUUGAUCCACGAUGGGGAUUAAAGUUUGGCAGAUUGCAACCAUUCCGAUGCUCCUAUUUCUGGGCAUCUCUGUCCUCUAAAGUUCAAUUUGCAAGCAUAGUCACCUUACUAACAUCUGUUUGGGCUGAUCUCAUUUUGCGUUUGAUGACUAAAUCUCAAAUACACAGUUUUGAUUGCUUGGGGGAUUUUUUUUUCUUAGUGCCUCAAAGAGCACCUACUUUCAAGCAUUUAAGGGGGGCACUAAUGUGUAUCUUCUGAUUGUUCUUUCCCCAGCAGUGACAUAUUAGAGGUGAUCAGAAAUUCUCUUGCUUGAGAGAUUUAUAAAAAUUCUCUGUUGACUACAUACUUUCCCAUCUCUUUAUUUCACAGUAAUAUUCAAAUUGCUUUGGAUUAUAUCAAACUUUUGUUUUUCUGCAUCAGCUUAAAGUACAUCAUUGUGUUUCCCUUCCCUGUCUGAGCUGCUUCCUUGCCAUUUCUCACCGAGGGAAGAAACUCAUAGUCGCUUCCAUCACUCCCUCAUUGCUUCUUUGCUGUUGGAAUGUAUGCAGUAAAGACUGAUGUAGAGUGGAGAAUGUAAACGGACUUACAGGAUGCCUGCAUUAAUCACCUCAGAUUCUUAGGACUAUUGCUACCGCAGUUGCUAUUUCUCCCCCCAACCCUGGUGCCCUAAGGAAUAUAUAAAAUAUUGUUGAUAUUUCUAGGUGGUGUUACCAAGGAGAAGAAAUUCCUGCCUUGACCAGAUGUGUGGAGCAUCUCCAAAUGAACGAAUAGUUAUUUGCACAAAGCACUGUACAAAGCCAGCGUCCAUGAAGCUGUCAGGGUCUCGGCUAGUGUUAUGAGGCCUUAGGUGCCUUGGGGUACCUUGCCGUGCUGUAGGGGCGUAUAUCAUAAGGAAUGUGGAAAUGGAAGCUUUCUGUGUGUCAGUGCUAGUUUGACUUUUCCCUGAUCCCUUCUUGUCAUUCAGUUUGUUUUGUCCUGUGGUGACUGGUGGGGUUUUUCUUUUUUCUUUUCUUUCUUUCUUUCUUUUUUUUUUGUUACUGUGUUGUGCUAGAGUCGGAACCCAGUUCUUGUUCUUGGUGCCCUAUAGAGGGCAGCUGAGUAUCUGUAAGGAAGCUGUGAGGCACUGGAAGGGUCAAUGCUACUGUGCCCUCUGCUUCCAGCUCUAAGCAGUGUAUAUGCAGUGUGACGUAACAUAUGCUCUCAUUUUCACAGGAGGAAACUCCUGAUUAAAUAGUGAAGAAAUCCAAGUGUGAUCUAUUGUGACAUUAUUACUUAUUACACUACGUAGGAUCUCUGUGUUGUUAGAUUUCUCUUAAUAUUCAAUACAGUGGGUGGACUAUUUGUUUAAUAUUCACAUGUACCUGCUAGAAUUGUGAUAUUCUAUUCCUAAGUGGAUGUAAGAAACAAACAGAAAAUGAUUGAACUUAAGUCUUUUGAAAUCUAAACCCCUUGGAGGUGGUUUGAAGGCAUUCACAGACAAGAAAUUAGCUUGCUUGCAGCCAAACCUCUCUUCUAACCGUUAAGGAGCAUCACUUAGCUUGCCACAGUCAUUCUAGACACGGGUCUGCUCUUAAGUUUACAUUGUAAUCACUCUCAUACCGGCUGUUAAUGGACGCUUUAGUUCCCUUGUUGCUUUAGCCUGUGAAAAGCUCAGAACCCUUCAAACCUAACCUAAACGUGCUGUUAGAAGAAUCGUCCCCUCGUGUGCCAUUUUAAAGAAACGUUUCUUUGAUGGCACUUGGCAUAUCCACUCUGUUAAUGAACCGUGUUCAAAGGCUUUUGCCUUCAUAAUCAUAAGAAACGGCUUUGUCUUUCAGAUUUGUCUGCCCUCCCUCUUCUGUCUUAUUUCCUUAAAGGGACACUUUUGAGUUCAAAUUUAGAGUCCAAAUUUAAGACUAUUAAGAAAUAAUCUUUGAAAUGUGAUGAUAUUUCAACAUGUUAAAAAUUCAGUGGUAAGGUAAAGCUGGAGCAAAAAAUUGAAAUUCUCCCAAUGGUAUGAUGAGAUCAAAGAGGCAGGGGGAUUUACUUUCCUGUUUCAAGCCAACUCUUUUAUUAAUGAACUUAAUGAAAUGUUUUAAAUUUGUCCAUUUCAUACAUGUAUACAGUUCGUUCUGAUUACUCUCCCUCCCUC